AUUAUUGUCAAAGUUACAGAUUGAUUGCCGAGGAGCUGUGACAUAUUUGGCUGAUCGAUCCAAAAAUAAAGUUCAUGAUUUGUGAUGCUGCGUUUUGAGCAGCAGAAUUUUCUUCCGCAGUUGUUUUCCCUGCUCUAAUUUUUCAUAGUGUGAAAGGGAUAACGAAAAACUGAAACUGAUAAAAAAAAUACAGAAAUGUCUCUGGUGAGGCUUUGUGGUUCUGUUAGUACCCAGUGGUUGCCGUUGACAAGAGUUGGUCCUGUUAUCCAUGGUAGUUUCACUAGAAGUUUGUUUUCUGGGAGUGGUUACGGCCUGGCUAGGAUUGUUGGCAGUAACGCACAAACGUUUCCUGUUUUUCGUACUCGAAUAAACCACGAUGAUAGACGGCACCGUGGUGGUCAGGAGCAAAGGGGAUAUAAAAACUUUGGACACAAGCCAGAAGGGGAAGCUACUUUCACGAAAAUAUUCUAUAUCUUCCUUGGAUCUAUGAUAAUUGGGAGUAGCCUCGAUUGGACCAAACUUCGGAAGGCUUUGGAUUGGCCGAAGGUAGAUGCUGACGCCGGAGUGCAUGUUGGAAAGAAUGUGUCUGGCGAGCUGGACCAGGAGGAGGAUUCGGAAAGUGAUGAUGACGCACAGGAUAAGAAGAAAGCUCGUAAGGAAAAGAUUGGUUUUCGGGAUCGCAAGAUCAUCGAGUAUGAAAAUCGCAUCCGACAGUAUUCAACGCCGGACAAGGUGUUCCGCUAUUUUGCCACCAUUCAGGCGCCGCAAGGCUCCGGCGAAAGUGUAGAAGUUUUCAUGACACCGAUCGAUUUCCUCACUAGCAUGACACCAGGAAUGAAGCAACCAGAGGGUCUAGGAUUGGAUCAGUACAAGCGAUACGAUGCACGGAGUGUGUCGACCCGGCUCGACUUGCAAUUGGACAACAAUAGUAUUUUCUACAAGCUCGGCUCCUACGGGUUGAUAUCCUUUUCCGACUACAUCUUCCUGCUGACGGUGCUGUCAACUUCACGCCGUCACUUCGAAAUUGCUUUCCGCAUGUUCGAUUUGAACGGUGAUGGCGAUGUAGACAGCGAGGAGUUUGAGAAGGUUGCCAACCUAAUUCGCCAACAGACCAGCAUCGGCAACAGACACAGGGAUCAUGCAAACACGGGUAACACUUUUAAGGGAGUUAAUUCAGCACUUACCACAUACUUCUUCGGUCCGAAGAAUGACGAGAAAUUAACGAUCGAGAAGUUCCUUGACUUUCAACAGCAACUGCAAAGAGAGAUUCUCACUUUGGAAUUUUUGCGCAAAAGCCCAGAUGAAAAUGGUAACAUUAGUGAAGCAGAUUUCGCCGAGUUACUGCUCGCCUAUGCUGGUUAUCCUCAGAAGAAAAAAGUCAAAAAAAUUAAACGCGUUAAAAAGAGGUUCCGCGAUCACGGUGCUGGCGUUUCGAAGGAAGACUAUCUGAACUUUUUCCACUUUCUGAACAAUAUCAACGACGUCGAUACUGCCCUAACGUUCUACCACAUUGCCGGUGCGUCCAUCGAUCAAGUUACGCUGAAACAUGUCGCCAAAACUGUAGCGCUGGUGGAGCUGACUGAUCACGUUAUCGACGUUGUCUUUACGAUAUUCGAUGAAAACAUGGACGGUCAACUAAGCAACCGUGAAUUCGUGGCAGUGAUGAAGAACAGGUUGCUGCGGGGUCUCGAAAAACCUAAAGACACGGGUUUCGUCAAGCUGAUGCAUUCGAUUCUGAAGUGUGCCAAGGACACCAAGCCGGUACUAUUGGAUUUGUAAGUAUGCAACUGUUCCGGUGGUUGCAACUGUUCUAGGAUUGUCAUGUUCUUUGUCCAACCUGUUAAUACUAAGUCGUCCUUAAUGGAAGUGCAUUUAAAUGGAUUGUUUGUACAGAUAACGAAAUUCGAAUCUGAUUGACGUAUGCUUAAGAAGCAUUUUUUUAAGCUGUAUUACCUGUUGUGUGUGUCUGUGUGUAACAGGUUUGUUUCGCUUUUUUUUCAAAAUUACAUUGAUUACGUUCGAUUCGACAAACAGUUACCCUACUCUUCAUCGCUCCGGUUUUAAUGUUGAUUAAAAAAAAUUGUUUCGUUUAA